AGCAACACACACUAACUCCCUGUCCGGUUGAGAAAUGGCGGAGAAAGCAGCAGUCACAGCAGCCGUUCCGGUAUCGCUACCACCAGUGGCCAUUCCUGCACCAACAACGACAGCAGCACCAGAGGCAGUAGCAGCGGCACCCGCAGUAGCCGCAGCAGCAGCAGUGGCAACUACUCCGCCAGCUCAACAGAAGUUAUCGGAAUCGGACGAUUUCACGGAUAACUCGGCAGAGAACACAAAAGAGGCAAACCAAGAGGACACGUCGCAGCAAAGCGGAUUGGCGACGGUCGAGUCCGAAUACGAUACGGCCUCAGAUUCACCGUCGGACGGUGGCGAAGAGGAAGACGAUGAGGAAGAUUAUGAGGAGGAGGAGAGUGGUGGUGAGGAGGAAGAAGAUGAAGACGACGAGGAUGACGAUGGUUCGGACGGGACGGAGGACGAUGGCACGGAGGAAGAGGAAGAUGAAGACGACGUGAUCGAGGUGUUGGAGCGCCAGAGUGGCGACGGUCAGGAGCAGGAUUUGGAGAACCGUCGAAAGGUGGACGACGAUGAGGAUCGCAGCAACCCGCAGUACAUCCCGAAGAAGGGCACGUUUUACGAGCAUGACGAUCGUACGGCCGAAGAUGAUCUGGAUGAUUCGGGGCUGGAUGGUGACGAUCAGCGGUCGAAGCGCAACGACGAUGGUCUCGGCGAUGGGAUGGGUGAUUCGCACGGCGGUGGCGGUGGUGGUGGUCCCGGUAGUGGUGGAGGCGGAGGAGGCGGUGGACUCGGCGCUCCCGGGAUGUACGGCGGUGAACGGCGUGGUUCGGAGAAGGGCGGAAGCGGAGCGGGUGCAAAAGGUGCGAAGAAAUGGCAAGCGUCAACCGAUCGAUGGACACACGAUCGGUUUGAUGAGAGUGAGCAAGCGCCUAAAUCGCAAGCGGAACUCGUUUUUGCGUAUGGGUACGAUAUACGGAGCGAGGAUGGUCCGCCAAAGGCGCGUAGGAAGCGUCGUUAUGCACGCGGUCCGAAUCGAUACACGCGCAAUUGGGAGGACGAGGAUGCGUACCAGAAGUCGUCGAACGCGGAACAUCAUCAGCGACAUAAGAAGGUGCCACGGCCGGAAGAGUUUCCAGAGCUGGGAGGUGCGAAUGGAAAGAGCGGACGAGCGACGGGCCGGGGACGCAAUGGACAGAAAAGUGGAAGCUCGAUCGCCGGUGGAGUGGAUAGGCGAAGAGAGUCUGGGGCGACGGAAGGUGGUCGAACUAGAUCAUCAGAUAUGCGACGAUCGGGCGGUCAAGAUCGAUCGAUGGGUCGAUCGGACAGGGUGCGUUCAGGAGAUUGGAGUACUAGUGCAGCGGCUGGGGAACGUGAAAGGGAUCAGGAUCGUGGUGCGGACUGGGAUCGAUCGGAGUAUGGGGGUAGUGGUGGUGGUGGUUCGCUACGAUAUCGCAACGAAGAUCGUGGAUCACGCAAUAACUACCAUAACAAGGAGAACAAGCUGAGCGGUGCGAGGAACAGUAAAGAGAAGGAUUACAAGGUGAUCAACUCGUUACAGUUCAAAAAUCAAGCCAGGAACAAAAAUAUGGAGGGUGGUCCAGGUGGCAAUGGUAGUGCGUCUGUUGCAGGACCAAUGCAGGGAUCAGGAGCAGGUUCAGGACUGCCGGACAGUAAUCCUGGUGGAGCUCCCAUGAUGCAUAGUAACAGUGCUGGUGCACUUUCCGGCAGCAGUAAUAGCAACAAGAUGAACAACCAUGCCACAGUACAGCAUCAGCAGCAACAGCAGCAGCAUAAUAGUUCCAACAGUCCUAAUUCCGGUGGCAUGGCGAACGAUCGUAUUCACCACGCGGAACAGAAUCAGCAGCAGGGUAGAAUGAUGAAUGUAGUAACUACAUCGGCUUCCCUUGGGUCUGUUCCAACGUCUGGUGCCCAGCAACACUACGGACACCAUGCGUCGUCAUUGGGACAAAUGCAGCAGCAGCAAAUGCAACAACCAACUCAAAAGCUGAAACAAGGCUAUCUGGAGGAAGAUCACUCAAAGUACGCAGUUCCUUUGUAUGCCGGAUCAUCAGCAAUGGAUCGAAUGCAGCCCAAUGUGGCAUCCGGAGCUGGUGCACCAGCUGUUGGCAAUUUGCCGUUGAAUCAGCGAUCUCAAAUCUCACCUCGAGCAAUUGUAGCUCAAACACCUCCAUCGGCACAAGCAUCAGAACAAGUGUCUUCAGAUCGUAUGGCUGUGCAAAUUGAGUACCAGUCAAUGCAGGGAGCUGGCGUGCCGCAGGGUUACGGUGGUCAACCACGUUCAUUAGCAGUUCAACAGCAGCAGCAGCAGCAGCAACAGGUGUCAAACCAAAUGCAACAUCAGCAGCAACAGCCGAUGCUACAAACGGAGGUUCCUCGCAAUACGAAGCGUUACUCGACUCAGCGACAACGAUCUGCAAUGGAAAAUGCUGCCAAUGCUAGUGCAUUGCAAGCUCAGCAACAGCAGCAGCAGCAACAACAACAACAGCAGCAACAAGCGGCAGCGGCAGCAGCAGCUGCAGCAGCCUCUAUGCACGAGCAACAGCAGAUCUUGCAGCAUCAGCAAAUGUUACGACAUCAGCACGAACAGUUGGCCCAACAAAACAAACAAAAACAGGUUUACGCCCAGCAGCAACUUCCCCAGACGGGACCCACUCCUGGUGGUCUACCAAUGACACUUCAAGCCACCGAUUAUCAUGGAGCCGUGAACAAGCCACCACCACCACCGACCCAAGGCGCACCGGGAGGGCAAAAUCCAGCGCAAGUGCAGUAUCAUCAGCCGACGGCUCUCUACUACACUACGGCCACUGGUGCUGGUGGGCCACCUCCGGGUGAGUACGUAACGGCAGCAGCACCCGGUGGUCAGCCGCAGCAACCACCACAGCAACCGACUCAGGCUCCGCCACCGCCCCAAGCACAGUAUGCACCUCCACCGUACGCCACUCAGGGACCUCCACCGCCACAAGCAGCCUCCUACAUGCAGGGUCCAGUGCCGACCCCCAGUGCCUACUUGCCUGCUCCACAACCUGCCAGUGUUCCAGCCGUUCCACAGCCACCGACUGGUGUGCCUGGUGGAGCGCCACCACCUCCAAUGAACUUUGUGCCCGCUCUAGGGCCACCUCCCACGGCUCCGGCGCCAGGUGUUAGUCCGGGCCAAUAUCCCGGACCGGCCGCAUACGCUACCAGUUUCCAGACAGGAGGGUACGCACCAGCGGUCGGUGUUGUGCCGCAAGCUGUGCCGGGUGGUCCUCCCCCACCAGCAGUCGUUGCCGGUCCACCUACCGGAGGACCCGGUGGACCUCCACCAACAGCUCUGUAUCAAUCGUCCGGUGGAAUCACGUACUAUGCACCCCAGACGCAAACACAAGCACCAAGGCCGCUGCGUACCGGGCGAAGGCCAACAGCCGCUAUACCAAUUCUGGCACCUCCGGAUCGAAAGCCUGCUGGGACCUCGACCGCACCAAGCGCUGGUGCAAACAAAACGUCCACCACACGCACAACAACGGCGGCGGGCGAUUCGAAUGAAUCACCUGCAGCUGAUGUGGUGGCGAACAGUGCGGAUGCUUCCUCGGGUGGUACUGGGGCAUCGGUGGAUAGUGGAGAAAACAUCGAUCAUAUUCUGGACAACAUGUUUGUUCAGCGUCCCCAGUACCAGCCACCGUCAAGGAAGAGUCCUUCACCGGCACUGGUACCUGCCGCAACAGCUCAGCAACAACAGCAGGGUUCCUUCUUGGCAGGUACAGAAACUGCAAACGGUGCCUCCGAGCUUCGCAACGAUGGUGGUUCUACUGGUGUAACCGAUGGACAAGAAUCGAUGGAUAACAUUGGAGAAUCUGUCAAGAAAAUGUCCAUCCAAGACACGGAUAAACUGUCCAUCUCCUCCGGCAGCUUAACGGUGGAGGGCAAAGAAGUUGCGACCGGUAUCAUCGAAACGAGCGUGCCCGUACAGCCAGUUGAAUGACGAUACUAAA